ACCACAAACGGAUGUACCCUACUCUCUAACUUCCUGGUGUCACGCUCAAUUCUGUCCCCAAAAUGGCGAACGUAGCCGCUGCUGCUGCAGCUGCCGCAGCUGCUGCUGCUGCCGCGAAUAGAGACCCAGCCGUCGAUCGAUCAUUGCGAUCCGUGUUUGUGGGAAACAUACCGUAUGAAGCCACAGAAGAACAACUUAAAGACAUAUUUUCUGAAGUCGGUCUUGUUGUGAGUUUCAGGUUAGUAUAUGACAGAGAAACAGGUAAACCAAAGGGAUAUGGCUUCUGUGAAUAUCAGGACCAGGAGACGGCCCUCAGUGCCAUGAGAAACCUGAAUGGGAGGGAGUUCAGUGGUCGUGCGCUCCGUGUUGACAAUGCAGCCAGCGAGAAAAACAAGGAAGAGCUCAAAAGUUUGGGAACCGGGGCCCCCAUUAUUGAGUCUCCUUAUGGAGAUAAUGUUCAGCCGGAGGAAGCCCCAGAGUCCAUCAGCAGGGCUGUGGCGAGCCUGCCCCCAGAGCAGAUGUUUGAGCUUAUGAAACAGAUGAAGCUGUGUGUGCAAAACAGUCCUCAGGAGGCAAGGAACAUGCUGCUGCAGAACCCUCAGCUGGCCUACGCACUGCUGCAGGCCCAAGUGGUCAUGCGGAUAGUCGACCCUGAGAUAGCCUUGAAAAUGCUCCAUCGGCAAACCACGGUCCAGCCUCUGAUUCCCAGUGGACAGGGUGGAGGAGCGCCCCCCGUCAAUCCUCCGCCCGCACAGCCCACCGUGCCAGCGUCUCAGCCUCAGCCUGUGCCUGGAAUGCACAUCAAUGGGGCGCCUCAGAUGAUGCAGCCCCCCAACAUGGGCGUCGUACCUGGACCGAUGUCUGUCCCAGGGCCUGUACCAGGACCAGUGGGACCUCCAGGGAACCUGCAGCAUUCUCCCACAGGAUCGUCAGGUCAAACUGCUAUCGAGCGGCCUCAAGGACCUGGCAGUAUCACCCCCAAAGGCCUGCUGGGAGACGGUCCCAAUGAUCCCAGAGGAGGAACUCUGCUGUCCGUCACUGGAGAAGUCAUAGAUCCCAACCGCGGCUACAUGGCAGCGCCGCCGCCCCACCAGGCUCCGCCUGUGCACAUGAUGCAGAUGGCAGCCGGACCCCCUCCAGAUAUAAGAGGUCCCCCGAUGGACAUGAGAGGCCCGCCAAUGGCCGAACCGCGCAACAUAAUAGGUGAUCCCAGAGGGCCCCCGAUGAUGGAGCCUCGGGGCCCGCCGAUGGAGACCAGAGGCCGUGACCCAAGGGCGAUGGACUCUCGCGGCCCAGUGACAGGUCAGAGGGUUUCCAUGUCGGUGGGAAUGCAAGGCCCCGUCCCACAUAGCAUGGGACCCAACCCUCCUCCACCUGCAAGACCGGGUCCUGGUAUUUCUGGUGUCCCCCCAUCAGGAGGAGGCUUCAGUCCGGGGCAGAGUCAGGUCUCCACACAGGACCAGGAGAAGGCUGCCCUGAUCAUGCAGGUCCUGCAGCUGACCCCAGAACAGAUCGCCAUGUUGCCCCCGGAGCAGCGGCAGAGCAUCCUCAUCCUCAAAGAGCAGAUUCAGAAGACGGCAAGCGGAGCACCAUGAUAGCCUGUCCUACAAAGUCCUGACAGAAGGAACAGGACUCACAGCCUGCCCCUCCCCCUCCCCCAGAAUCGCUGCAAGCGGCUCCCGCAGAAGACGUCUCAUGUUAGUUUGGAAUAUUGUAUAGUUGUUAUUUUUUAAUUGCGUUGCUUGAAAGUGUGCUGUACGUGUAUUCAGAGAGGGUGGCGAUGGCAGAUGAUAACCAGUUAGAGUGAAAAAUGUCGUGGUCUCUUUCUUCUAAAGCCAGCUGUUGUCAGCUUGUUGUUUCGUCAAUAAAAGAAAACACACAUUGA